CGCGCCGAGCGGCAGGCGGCGGCCCGGGCGGGGCGGCGGGCGAUGCUGCGGCGGUCGGGGCGGCCGGGCCGGCGCUGAAGGCGUCGCUGUCCCCGCCGCGGCGCAGCGUAAUCAUGUCCACAACUCGGAAAAGGAAUCUAGCAAGUUCAUGGUGAGGUAUAUUCUCAAGACAAGAUACAGUGACUCAUAUGCUUUUCUGGAUAACGUAAUCCAUGGAUAAAGUGGGAAAGAUGUGGAACAAUUUCAAAUACAGGUGCCAGAAUCUUUUCAGUCAUGAGGGUGGAAGCCAAAAUGAAAAUGUGGUUGUGAACUCCACUAGUUGCUCUUCUGCUAAAGAGAAAGCUGUCCAGAUAGCUGACUUGGCUCAACAACAGCCCAGCAGUCCUUUGCGAGAAAACAUUACUUUGCAAUUAGGUCUGAGUCCUUCAAAGAAUUUGGCAAGGCGGAACCAAAACUGUGUCACAGAAAUUCCUCAGAUUGUUGAAAUAAGCAUUGAGAAAGAGAAUGACUCGUGUGUCACCACAGGAGCUAGACUUGCUCGAAGGGACUCUUAUUCUCGGCAUGCUCCUUGGGGUGGGAAGAAAAAGCAUUCCUGCUCUACCAAAACCCAGAGCUCCUUGGAUACUGAAAAAAGAUUUGGUAGGACACGAAGUGGUUUGCAGAGGAGAGAGCGAAGGUAUGGGGUGAGCUCUGUCCAUGAUAUGGAUGCAGUAUCAAGCAGGACAGUAGGUAGCCGUUCUCUACGACAGCGUCUGCAGGAUACUGUUGGGCUGUGUUUUCCCAUGAGAACCUACAGCAAGCAGUCCAAACCUCUCUUUUCCAACAAAAGAAAGAUCCAUCUCUCGGAACUAAUGCUUGAGAAAUGCCCUUUUCCUGCAGGCUCAGAUCUGGCUCAGAAGUGGCAUCUCAUUAAACAACACACAGCACCUGUGAGUCCUCAUUCAACUUUUUUUGACACAUUUGAUCCUUCCUUGGUUUCCACAGAAGAUGAAGAAGACAGGCUCAGAGAAAGACGUAGACUUAGUAUUGAAGAAGGGGUUGAUCCCCCACCCAAUGCCCAAAUACAUACUUUUGAAGCUACAGCACAGGUUAAUCCGUUGUAUAAACUGGGACCAAAGUUAGCCCCUGGUAUGACUGAGCUGACCGGGGACAAAAACAUAACACCUCCAGGAAGCUGUGACUCUGAAGAGGACACAACGACGCUUUGUCUGCAGUCACGCAGGCAGAAGCAGCGUCAGAUGUCUGGAGACAGCCACGGCCAUAUCAGCAGGCAGGGGGCUUGGAAAGUGCAUACUCAAAUUGAUUACAUCCACUGCCUUGUGCCAGACUUACUUCAGAUCACAGGUAACCCGUGUUACUGGGGGGUGAUGGACCGCUAUGAAGCAGAAGCACUUCUGGAGGGCAAACCUGAAGGCACUUUUUUGCUCAGGGAUUCUGCGCAAGAGGACUACCUCUUCUCAGUGAGCUUCCGUCGUUACAACCGCUCGCUACAUGCACGCAUUGAGCAGUGGAAUCACAACUUUAGUUUCGAUGCCCACGAUCCCUGUGUGUUUCACUCCUCCACUGUUACAGGGCUUCUGGAACACUACAAAGACCCUAGCUCUUGCAUGUUCUUUGAACCCUUGCUGACUGUAUCUCUGAACAGGACUUUCCCCUUUAGUCUGCAGUAUAUCUGCCGGGCAGUAAUCUGCAGGUGCACUACGUAUGAUGGAAUCGAUGACCUUCCUCUACCUUCGAUGUUGCAAGACUUUCUAAAGGAGUAUCACUAUAAACAAAAAGUCAGGGUGCGAUGGUUGGAGCGGGAACCUAUAAAAGCAAAGUAAAUGGAAAUCAGAAAUAAGCUUCUGGAAUAUGCUUUUUUUUUUUUUUUUUUCUCCUCCUGUGUGUGUUACAGUUUAACUGCAGCGAGCGCACCAACAACGUCUAGCUUUUCUGCAAUAUCCUAUUUAAGCUGAGUGUUAGUAUCCUGUCAGAUGCUGCCUGCUGUUAGUCAAACUAAGUUGUGAUGCCUCUUGGAAACAAUAAGCAGACACAAUUCUGCACGUUUUUCAUUAAAGCCUAAUGAAAAUAUUUUUGCUAAUUUCUAAAUAUUUUGUUUCCCUUUUAUAGCUGUAGUAAUUGGAUGAAGAAACUAUGAGGCAUUUUUCCAUGGGGCAUUCAAGUAAUGCUAAUAAAGAAAGGCUUUAUUAGAGGAGCAUUUUGCUAAUAUUUGAAGUAUUUUUUUAAAAUUACCUUCUUGAAAACUUUCCACUACUAAUUUAGCUCACAAACAGGUUCUCAAAUACUAGUGAAUAAGAGUAUUUUCUUUAAUGAAGAGCAGUUCAUUAGAAGCAGUCCAUUAAGAGUUAAUGGUGUUUUGAUACUAACAGAUGAAUCAUGCUUUUCUCAGUGUAUAAGGUUUCCUAAUCAUUAAGACUUGAAUAUGCCUGCUCAGUACUGUAAUUCUUUUUUAAACACUUGGAGAUUUAAGUGGCAUUGUUAGCAAAGGUAAUACUGUCUUGGGCAGUGAAAUACUUUCCAGUGUGAAUUACUGAUUCAGUGGCUGGACAUGGGCUUAGAUUAUUGCCAUGAAAAAAAAGGUUGGGUUUUUUCUAAAACACAAUUUGUUGGCCUGACUGCUUGUAACUUACAGUGGAAGGCAAUAGUGAAGAGAUGUUUGGUUAUUUAAAGUUAUCUGAUAUUUUUAUGGAGAAAAUUACAAGUCUUUGAAUUAUUAUAAUCAAUACAAAAUCUGACAUAUCUGAAAUACGUGUCAGGUUUCAAAGGUACUGUUACACUUUAUUUGUAAAUAUCUUUCCAUUUGCGCUUUAAAAAAAUGUUUUAAAGUAAUAUGCACUGAUUAUAGUUUCAACAGAUUACUUGGAAACAAGAUUCUGAGUUCUGUUUGCUUAUUUAAUUGGAGAUGGAACUGAAAAUUGUUCUGUCUUAGACAAUUUUGCACUAAAAUCUCGUUGGAAUGCCCUGACUCCUGUUUAGUGUUUUGUACCAAUUACGAGUGCUCCCUAGUUUCUUUACCAGCUGCUACAGUAUGUUAUUACUUCUCUAUGGCAGUGACCUGUGCGAGGUAGGGAACAUUUUGGCUGCAAGUACAAUAAACGUUAUUCUUGUAUGCUACACUAACCCUUCUCUUGAUGUAUUUUUCUGCUUGCUGUGCCUUGUUCUGGCUUUUUGUGCUAAUAAAGUACAGUAUGUUCAGUGUUAUACUUGUAUAUCUGCUCUGUUUUUAUAUAUUCACGUAACUUGUAGCAGUUAACUGAAUUUUUCAUAGGCUUUUCUUAGUAUAGGUAAUGCACAAGUACUGUGCAGUUGAAUAUUGGUUGGUCAGCACACCAUAUUCCUGGUUUUUGUUACAUGCUUAUCAGGAACCUAACAGUGUACACCAUGGAAUUAAUGUUUCUGUAGUCACUGCAAAGUAAUGGACUUGUCUGCAGGCAUAGAACAUGUUACAAUUUAUGUAACGUAAAGGAUAAGUGUUAAGCAAAAACAUUUUUGAUCCCCUGUAAUGGUUGCUGAAGGUGUUUCAGCUUGUUACAUAGCUAACUGCUACGCUUAAUGUUUUGAUACUUCCCCACAGAGUAAGGAAUGAUUAUUCCUGUAAAUUGACAGUACGACAGUGGCAUUUGUUCACUUUUAGACUAUUUUGAUAAAUAGAUGUACAUAUAAAUUGGCCAAAUGUCCUGGUUUUACCAAAGAAUACUGUCAAUUUAUUUUGGGGUAUUUUUUCUAGUAAAAAAACUUAAGAGUGGAGAGGUGCAAUUUCUGUUCUAUCAAAUAUUUAUCCCAAGCUAUGAUAAACCAAAGUAUUUGACAACUUCAUCUGAACUUAACUAAUGUAAAUGUUUAUGUUGAUAGAGCUUAAAACUUUUACAUUGGUGGUGGUGUCAUUUUCCUGGAACUCACAAUGCACCUGAAGAGAAAUGAUUUAAAUAAUUUUAUAAUGACUGGAACAGCACUACAUAGGAGCUCAUACUUGCAAGGGGUUCAUCUGAAGCACCCAGAAAGCACUUUAAAACAUGUGUUUAUAUGCUUGUGGAAAAUUUGUGAUCUGGUUAUGCAUUCUUUGUAGUAGCUUCUCUUCUUUCAUGUGUUAAAAGACUUCAACUGUUAAAAUGGAACUUUGUUUAGAAUAUGUAAAUACUAAGUUUAUGUAAGUAUGUGUACAAAUGUGCUAAUGGUCACUUAAGUUUUGAAUUGUGUGUGUGUUACUAGAUACUCAACUCCUGGUUUAAAAUCUGCUCUAAGCAUAAAAAGAAGAAAAAAAAGUCACCAGCAUGAAACUGCACCCAAGUGUACCUUCACUGUGUCAUUCUCACUGUUCCCUCAGUAGGAUCUGAAUUCCAAAUGAAGUUUACUUUCCUCUUGCUUUCAAUACUAGUAUCAUACAGUCAACCUGCAACCAAGCUUUGUCCCAGUGUAGGGGCCUGUUUUUUUGUUUACACCUGUUGCAGCUGCUUGUCAUAAACUAGCUGAUGAGAUUCUAACUGUGACAUUAUCAAUGUGGUCAAGAAUACACAUUAAUUUGAUUUAUUUAUUUUUAAAUCACGGGGGUGUUAUCUUUGGAAAAAAUAAAAACCCCAAACACUUAUCUAAGAAAGUUUCCUCUUGCAUUUGUGUAAACAGUCUUCACGGAGAAGUUUAUUGCUCUCUUUAAAACAGACAAAAAGGAAUGAUCCAUUUCUCUAGAAUUUUUUUAAGCUUUGCUUCACUGAAAUAUACAGAAAAACUUGCUAGUGUGGUUAUGCUUAAAAUAAUCACUUUUUAAAUUAUAGUAGACUUGAGCAUUGACUACUCAAGUUGCAGUGUAUUUCUUAAUGAAGACAUUUUCAGUUCUAAAGGCACUAAAAUGUUAGUAUGCUGAGAAUGCAAGUAGUUGAUUCCUCAUUUCUGGUUGAGGAGGGUGCUUUAACCUGAUUUUGUUCAGAAAAUCUUGUAUUGUCUUCAAUAGAUGUGCACAAAUCUUUUUAACAAUAGCAUGCAGUGUUAAUAAGGUAUGCUAGCAUUAUUCCAAUAUAAUUUGGUUACAUGACAGAUGAGUAUUUGAGCCUCAAUCUUGUGAUUUUUUGAGGUGAUUCUCAUUUCUGCAGAAAGGGCUACAGAAAGGGCUUACUCGCUAGGAUUAUUUUGCAAAAAAAAAAAAAUCUUAAAGAUCUUUGGACCAUAUUUAAAAAGAAGAAGGUGGUGCUGCUAUGUGGGAAUUAAGAUCUUUGAACAGUUAGCACAACUUGGUGGGUUUGUUGCGUAUAAAUACACACGUCAUUGUGUUUUAGAAAGUCGGCAACAGCUCCAGUUAACUAAGGCAUGAAAAUAAAAAUAAUUGCAAUUUCGAUAUAACAUGUUCUCUAACGUUGGAAUAUUGUGAAAAUAAAACAAGGUUAUUGUUGCGUUGCCAUACAGCGCACAGAGGUUUUGUACUCUAACUGGAUCAUUGUUUCUAGAACUGAAUUAUAAUUUAGGAAAUUAAGGCAUUUUGAAAUUAUGUCCCAAUGGAAUUGGAGAAGAGUAACUGUACUGUAUUUUGACUAUGUGAGGGUUGGGGGUUUUUAUCAGUUUUAAAGGAGUAACUUUUGAAAAUACUCUUAAGGCCAUGUAGACACUUGCCCAGAUAAUUUACUUGUCAGAAUGAAACUUCUCGUAAGAAAAUAAUUUACAAAGCCGUGUUUUGCAUUGAUGUACUUUAAAUUUUGCUCGUAUUUGAAGACUUGUAGCCUACAAAAUCAUAGUCUUUAUGUCAGAAGCAUACGGUCUGUGAAAGACCUGUCUGUAUCCAUAAUAUUUGGUAAGAUGAAUUCAAGCUUUUGCUGGACAUCAUCCUGACAGUCACUCACAUUUAAUGUAUAUUUGACUUGAAGUUUCUGCACUAUUUAGAAACAAGCAAAGGUUCUGAGUAUCUGUUGUACAAAACCGGUUUGGUUUCAUCUCUGCGUGCAAGCCAAAAUAUUUGCAGAAUGCUUUUUGUCUCUGCUGCAAAGCUGCAUGCAAGGCUGAAGCUGUCAAGUCAAAAGGUGCUGAGUACCAGAGAGAUGAAUCUGCAGGGAGCGUUGUCUUUUCUUUUUUCAAAGCUACCUUGAAAUACAAUAUUUAAUAGAAAAAUAGUAACUGAAUCUUCUGUGAUUCUUUCUAAAAUAACUAUUUGACUCCUGUUAAAACCAUUCACAUUUAAAAUUCCCAAAGUGCUUUUUGAGUCUCCUGUUCCUAAAGCGUUGUGAAAUGAUCAUGUAUGUGCCAAGCCUUAGUCUGCAACAAUCUACAUAGCCUAAAUAUAUAUAUAUAUGUUAAUAAAAUGCCUCUAAACACAUGUACAGUCAUAGUAUUUUUUUGAAACUACCUGAAGUUACACCAAUAUGGUGAACAUUAAUAUAUUGGAAUUCUAAAAAUUCUCUCUCGAUUUCUGCCUAUGCAUGGCAUACAUUACAAAUAAAAACUGUUGUUUCUUCAGCUGUAUUUAUGUAUUGUAGGCAGCUGACUGGUGGUGUGUUCUUGCUAUUGCCACACUUGCCUAAACAUAUGUCUCCUGAAUGUGACCAAAGGAGAUGUUUUUGUUCAUAAGUGCUUUUACAAAAAAAUCUUAAAAUAGACAAAAAUCAAAUCAGUUGGCUUUUAAAGUGUUAACUCUUACAAAGCAUGACAUAACAGUGCUAAUUUCUCUCCCUUUUCACAAUAUUGAUAUACAAAGAAUAAUCUAGCUUGACCAUGGGUUGUGUCUACCAAAUGCAGUUGGCUUAAAAUGUCUGAAAUUUAAGCUUUUUUUUUUUUGUCAUUUUUAGCUGAAGAUUAGGUCUUUGAAAAGAAAAAGGCUUGCUGUUUUCAGAGCAAGAUACAUAAAGUAAAUGUUUUGCAAUGAGGAUCUCUUGCAGAUGUUUUUUAACAAGUUUUCUCUAAAUAUGUCUUUAAUCAAAACGCUCUAAAAAGCACCCCAAAAAACCAAAACAACCCACCUCUCGAUGACAAUCAUUUAAAGACUGAAAGGAAAUCUGGUGCUUUUGCUUACUUUGUUUGCAUGUUGCUGUACUGACUUAAUAGUAGUUUCAAGAAGCAAUUUUUAAAUCUGUUAUUUCAAUGAAGCAUUGCCAUUCCUUAUUAUUAGAAAAUAUUCCACUUACAAAGAUUGCGUUACAAAAAUUACAAUAGGAUGUUAACCUGAUACAGUCUUUCAAUCUGUUGUUACCAAGAUAACUUCUCCUGUAUGUGCUUUUCAAGCUGAAUAAAUGUUCACUUUGUAAAUUUGCAUCAAAGCUACAGCUGGGUUUCUUAGGGCCAACAGGGUGUACUUUUGAGCUGAAGUUCCCGGUGUUUCACCCUCUUUUUUCUUUUUUUCUUUUUUUCUUUUUUUUUUUAGAAAAAAUACAUAAUAGUGUAUGUGUGAUAUAGCUCAUGUUGCAGAUUUCCUUGUUAAGCACACAGCUACACUGACAAGCAGAGACGUAUUUGAACUUGCUUGUCUAGAGUAAAUCAACCUCUCUGAUUUCACAGCAGGAGUUGUAACGUGGUGGCACGUUAGCAAAGAGGAAGCAGGUUUGGGUUUUGUACUUCUCUGAGCAGCUGUUAAGUUGAACAUGGUGUGUGCUUCCUGUGCGAUAAGGUCUAUUAUGUUUUCAGAUCCCUGAGAAUUGUAACAGCUUUUGGAAGACACAAAAGUACUUGGCUGCUUUGUCACUUCUUGCUUUCAUACUUGUAGUUUUGUAAAAGCACGAAGAGAUUUAUUUAUUAAAAUUGAAUCUACGUAGUCACCAACUGUAUAAGCACUACUUUGUUGUAUCUUUACAGAGAUAGCAAAUUUCUACACGAUUAUAUUUAAACUGUUUUGGGAAAAUGAAUAAUGACACUGUGGGCACAAAUGAAUUCAGAUUGCACUAUAAACUUUCUUACCUGAAGCCUUCAUUCUUACAAAAAAACCUGUGCGAUCCCUGCACAGAAAAACUAGCUUUGGUGAUGCGCUCUUUGGCAGGUGUCCAAAAAAGUGGCACCCAGGCAGUCCCUGAACCUUUUCCUGACAUUCCAGUUGAAGGGGCCCUGGCAGGCCUGUUGGGCACUCGAGGAGUUGGCUGGGAAGCGUGUCAUGCCUCGCAUUGCCCGAUGCCAGCAUCUUGUGUAACUGCGAUGGUUUAGGUCUCCCUAGCUUAGGUGGUUUUUAACCCGCUGCAGCUUAAAUGUUCCUCCACCCUGCCUAAUUUGUCUUUGUUACCUGGUUACCAAACUGUCUUGCAUCUUAAUAUAGUAAAAAAAUAAUGUGUUUUCUGGCUACCCAACCAGUGUAUUAAGUAAUAGAUGGCUGUCUUAAUAAAUGGGGUAUAAACUA